AGAGCAGUGUGGGGUGAGUGUAAGGGCAGGGCUCCCCCCUCAGAGAGAGGCAGGAGCUGGAGAGAGAGGAGCUAAAGCCUCAGAGUAAAGCCUUCAGCCUGCAGAUCAGCUGACAGACUGGCACUGAGAAUACUGUAACGUUAAGCUCCGUAUCUGGAGUUUUAUAUCAGAUAUAUCAGCUUUUAUAUCUAUCUAGAGCUGGGUCUACAGGAUCACCAGAGUAUACCGUUACUUUAAACUUGGUGAAAUUAGAAGGAGAUGGGCUGCAGGUCCGAGGUGGCAGGUCUUUCUCCGUGCUGACAGAGAUGGAGAGAGUUUUAAUGCUGUUUUAUAAGAAACACAGCCCUCGGCUGGGAGUUAAACAUACCUCGCUGCUGCGGAUCUAGCAGGGGACCAUGCUGAAGUUUGGAUGAAGAAUCGGCGCGGAGAGGAGCAGGAGAGAGACAGAGAGAGAGAGAGAGAGAGGAGGCUGCCGGCUGAGAGAGAACUUCCCCCACAGCCAUGUCCUCCAACAGCAGCGACUCCAGCCCCAGCCCUGAGCACAACUUCCCCGCUCUCAUCUUCGGCAUCCUGCUGAUCACAGCCAUCAUAUGCGGGAACCUGCUGGUCUGUCUCAGCGUGUAUCAGGAGAAAGCCCUGAAGACCACCACCAACUACUUCAUCGUCAGCCUGGCUGUGGCGGACCUGCUGCUCGCGGUGCUGGUCCUGCCGCUGUUCGUCUACGCGGAGUUUCAGGGUGGUGUCUGGUCCUUGAAUAUGGUUGUCUGUGAUUGGCUGAUGGCUAUGGAUGUGAUGCUUUGUACAGCGUCCAUAUUCAAUCUGUGUGCAAUCAGCAUUGACAGGUUCAUAGCUGUGUCCAUACCGCUCAACUACAACCGAAAACAUGUUGAUCAACGGCAGAUCAUCCUGCUCUCUGCCACCUGGCUCCUGGCCCUAGCCGUGGCCUCCCCUGUUAUCUUCGGAAUAAACAACGUCCCGCACAGGGACCCGACGGAGUGCAAGCUGGAGGACGACAACUACAUUGUGUACUCGUCCGUCUGCUCCUUCUUCAUCCCCUGUCCCAUCAUGCUCCUGCUGUACUGUGGAAUGUUCCAUGGCCUCCGCAGGUGGGAGGAGGCCCGAAAGGCCAAACUGAGGAACAGCAUCCAGGCCUGCCGUAAGCUGCAGCACGCCGCCGCAGCCGCUGCCCUGCCGCCUCUGGCCCUGCCGGCCGCGCUGCCCCGAGUCAUUCAGCAGGACCUGGCCCAGUCCAGCGUGGACGACCUGGACGACGACAUGCAGCCGAGCUGCCCUUUACCGCCGGAAUACAAUAACAGCCCCAUUCAGACUGUGGCCUACACAGAGUUUCAGAACACAGGGCAGAGGAAGAAGAGAGCCAAGAUCAAUGGCAGAGAGAGGAAAGCUAUGAGGGUCCUACCUGUUGUUGUGGGUACUUUCCUCUUCUGCUGGACUCCAUUCUUUGUGGUUCACACAACACGGGCCCUGUGUGAGUCAUGUGACAUUUCCCCCCACUUAAUGAGCACGGUGACUUGGCUGGGUUAUGUGAACAGUGCGCUGAACCCUAUCAUCUACACUGUCUUCAACACAGAGUUCCGCAAGUUCUUCCGCAAGUUUCUGCACAGCUGCUGCUGACACCUACCCCCACCCCCCCCCC